AUGUCCCGUGCGCAGCUCUCCCAGCUGCUGCCCCUACCUGAAGAAGAACUUCAGCAGGUGCUCGACUACGCCGCAAGCCUGUCCAAGCCCGAGGCCGCCACCCACUUCCACGACUUGCUCGGCGAUUCACCCCUCGCCGUCGACUUCAUCUCGUCGUUCAACUCGCAUAGAAGAGCACCAGCGGCACCGACAUCAUCGGCGACGGCUGGCGACUCGGGUUCGGCAUCGGAGCCCCCUAGAUCCGCGCCGAAAGCCAAGAAGCUACCAGAGUAUCAAGGGCCGGCGACCACGGCAUACAAGAAGAAUCAGGACAUCGAAUACAUUCCCAAGCGAGAUAGCGCGCCCGGCAGCAGCAAUGCCUCUCGAGCAGCCACGCCGUCAGUACAGACUCCUGUCCAGCCGCCCCCCAAGCAGCAUGCAUCGGCUGCCGGCUCGACUCCGAAACCAUCCGGGGGCACCAGCGCCAAGGUGGCCAUUCCGGGUGGCAUGCCUAUGGCCGGUCAGUCUACGGCACUCUCUGAUCUAGACGCCGCGAUCCGAGCGCUUGAAAUCACGACGAACCCUACCAUGGACAACGGCAAGAGGCGGAAAUGCAAUUGCGUCGCUACCAGACAUCCCUUGCAAAGCGCCGCGCCAAAUUGCCUCUCCUGCGGCAAGGUCAUUUGCAUCAAGGAGGGCCUAGGCCAAUGCACCUUUUGCGGGUCACCGCUUUUGAACGCCGACGAGGCCCAAGCCAUGUUGCGGGAGCUCAAAGACGAGCGCGGGCGAGAGCGCAUGACGGUCAACGCUGCAGUUCACCGCAAAGCAGACGUGUCCAAGACGCCCGCGCCCUUUACGCAGCCCCGCAACGCAGACGCUGGCGACGGCGGCCCGUCUCUGGCCGAGGCGGCGGCCAAGGCCCGGGCGCAUCGCGACAAGCUCCUCGACUUCCAGGCGCAAAACGCCCGGCGAACCACGGUGCGGGACGAGGCGGCCGACUUUGACGUCAGCGGAGCCAUGACGGGCACAGGCAACAUGUGGGCUAGCCCGGAGGACAGGGCGAGGGAGCUGAAGCGGCAGCAGAAGCUUAUGCGGGAGAUGGAGUGGAACGCGCAGCCUGACUAUGAGAAGCGACGGCAAGUGAUUAGCAUCGACCUCGUGGGUGGCAAAGUUGUGCGCAAAAUGGCGGCCGUGACGCGGCCGGCGAGUUCUGACGAGGAGGACGAGGCCGGGCCGGCGCCAGAGGCCCUGAGCAAAAGGAGCGGGAACGCAAGCGGCACCGGGGGGGCCUUUAGUCGCAAUCCUUUGCUGGGCGCCCUGAUGAGGCCGGUGUUUGAGCCCAAGGGGGAGGACAAAGACACACCGGAGCCCCGGGGGCAAAGAGAACGGAAGAAGGGGUGGAGGAGAGUGCAGGACGACGUGGAAGAUAACGAGGCAGUCAUACUCGACGGCGGAGCGUACGGCCAUAGCGGACCGGGCGGCGGCGGAGGAAGGGCAGGAGAUGAGCCAUGGUGCGGGUAA